CACAGUUCUGAGGCAUUGCGCACAUAUCCUUCAUAUCACUUUAGGUGAUGGAUUCAUCUGCUGCUACUUGAAAUACUAUCACGAAUAUCAUUACCAUUGCUAAUAAUCCGGAUCUCUGUGAUUGUUGAUCCGUCUCUUCUAUCGCCCGCUGGACUCAUGCAUACCAGCUUCUCCGUUUGACUCUAGACAAGCGAAGCUAACGCCUGAGCUGAGAGAGCUCUCCUGAGAGCAUUACAGAUAGAAAAAACAGACUUUGAGCCUCGUUUGAGUCUAUAAUGGCGCCUGGGAUCUUGACGUCGCCGGAGGUGGAGGAGCUGCCUUCCAAGGCUAUAUCCCUGGCCCAGUUGACCGAGGACUGGGAUGACACAAUUCGUUUCUACCUCAAUGGCACAAAAGUCAUUCUCGACAAUGUCGAUCCAGAGCUCACUCUGUUAGAAUACUUGAGAGGGAUAGGGUUGACGGGAACGAAGCUGGGUUGUGCAGAGGGAGGCUGCGGUGCCUGUACAGUUGUCGUGUCCCACAUCAAUCCAACAACCAAGAAGAUCUACCACGCAUCUGUCAAUGCUUGCCUGGCACCGGUGAUAAGUGUGGACGGAAAGCAUGUUAUAACGGUCGAGGGCAUCGGGAAUGUGAAGAAGCCCCACGCAGUUCAGGAGCGGCUGGCGAUUGGAAAUGGCAGUCAAUGUGGCUUUUGUACACCUGGAAUCGUCAUGAGCCUUUAUGCACUCGUUCGCAAUACCCCCGAGCCCUCGCAACAUGCGGUGGAAGAAGCUUUUGACGGGAACCUUUGUCGCUGCACGGGGUACAGACCGAUUCUGGACGCCGCCCACAGUUUCACAGCCACAAGUGUAUGUGGGAAAGCAAGUGCCAAUGGUGGAACAGGUUGCUGCAUGGAGAAACAGAAUGGUGCAGGAGGGUGCUGCAAAGAGUUGUCAAACGAUGAGAGCAACGAUGAGACGGAAUUGAUAUUCCCACCGGCUCUCCAGAAGCACGAGUUUCGACCCGUCGUCUUCGGCAACAAGAAAAAGAAGUGGUACCGGCCAGUCACCCUGCAGCAACUAUUGGAGAUUAAAAACGCACACCCUGCGUCCAAAAUCAUCGGUGGAAGUACGGAGACUCAGAUUGAAGUGAAGUUCAAGGCGAUGAAGUACAGCGCGUCGGUCUACGUGGGCGACAUUCCAGAACUUCGUCAAUACUCUCUCAAAGACGACCAUCUUGAACUCGGAGCCAAUGUCUCUCUCACGGACUUGGAGUCAAUUUGCGACGAAGCGGUUGAAAAGUACGGCCCGGUACAGGGUCAGCCGUUCAAGGCCAUCAAGAAACAACUUCGGUAUUUCGCAGGAAGGCAGAUCAGGAAUGUUGCGUCUCCCGCGGGAAAUCUGGCCACGGCAUCUCCCAUCUCCGAUUUAAAUCCAGUGUUUGUCGCUACUAACACUGUUCUUAUCGCCAAGUCUUUGAGUGGGGACAUCGAGAUCCCUAUGGACCAGUUCUUCAAAGGUUACCGGUUGACUGCCCUUCCAGAAGAUGCCGUAAUUGCGAGCUUGCGUGUUCCGAUCUCGUCCAAACAGGGAGAAUACCUUCGGGCUUAUAAACAGUCAAAGAGGAAGGAUGAUGACAUCGCCAUCGUCAACGCUGCUCUGCGUGUGUCACUUUCUCCAUCGAAUGAUGUGACGAGCGUGAACCUCGUUUUUGGUGGCCUAGCACCUAUGACGGUAUCCGCGCGCAAUGCAGAGUCGUUCUUGGUCGGCAAGAAAUUCACGAACCCUGCGACGCUCGAGGGGACCAUGAGUGCUUUGGAACGGGACUUUGACCUAAAGUUUGGCGUCCCUGGUGGGAUGGCAACUUACCGCAGGUCUCUAGCCCUUGGAUUCUUCUACCGAUUCUAUCACGAUGUGCUCUCUGAGAUUGAGGUCAGAGAUACAGAUAUUGACGAAGAUGUCAUUGCCGAGAUUGAGAGAGCCAUUUCCUCAGGACAGAAAGAUCACGAGUCCUCGAAGGCUUACCAGCAGAGGAUUCUGGGUAAAGCUACGCCUCAUGUGUCUGCGUUGAAGCAAGCUACUGGAGAAGCGCAGUACACGGACGAUAUUCCUGUGCAGAAGAAUGAGCUGUACGGUUGCCUGGUCCUCUCGACCAAGGCUCAUGCGAAGAUUGUCAGUGUCGACACGACAGCCGCAUUGGAUAUCCCUGGAGUCUAUGACUAUGUGGACCAUAAGGACCUUCCUAACCCCAAAGCGAAUUGGUGGGGUGCUCCAAAGUGCGAUGAAGUAUUCUUUGCGGUGGAUGAAGUCAUGACUGCUGGUCAGCCCAUUGGCAUGAUACUUGCAAGCUCUGCUAAAAUUGCCGAGGAGGCUUCCAGAGCUGUGAAGAUUGAGUAUGAAGAACUGCCCGCAAUCCUCACGAUUGAGGAGGCAAUCGAGGCUGAAUCAUAUUUUGAUCACUUCCGCUUUAUCAAGUGCGGCGACACGGAUAAAGCUUUCAAGGAAGCGGAUCGCGUGUUUCAUGGAGUGUCAAGAAUGGGUGGCCAAGAGCAUUUCUAUCUGGAAACUCAGGCUUGCGUAGCCAUUCCAAAACCAGAGGAUGGGGAGAUGGAGGUCUGGAGUAGUACUCAGAAUCCCACAGAAACCCAGGCAUAUGUUGCUCAGGUCACUGGAGUGGCAGCCAACAAGGUUGUGUCUCGAGUCAAACGACUUGGCGGUGGCUUUGGUGGCAAAGAGACGCGGUCGGUUCAACUAGCAGGCAUUUGUGCAACAGCGGCCGCAAAGACGAAACGACCCGUUAGAUGCAUGUUGAAUCGGGAUGAAGAUAUUGUCACCUCUGGGCAGCGCCACCCGUUCCUCUGUCAUUGGAAGGUCGGCGUGACAAAAGAAGGGAAACUCCUCGCACUUGACGCCGACGUGUAUGCCAACGGAGGCCACACGCAAGAUUUGUCUGGCGCAGUUGUGGAAAGAAGUCUCUCCCACAUCGAUGGAGUAUACAAGAUACCAAACGUUCACGUCCGUGGCCGUGUCUGCAAGACAAAUACUGUUUCCAACACAGCCUUCCGUGGGUUUGGUGGCCCCCAGGGCAUGUUCUUCGCCGAAUCCUUCAUGGAAGAAAUUGCGGAUCAUCUUGACGUCCCUGUCGAACAAUUCCGGUUGCAGAAUAUGUAUCAGCCGGGAGACAAGACUCAUUUUCACCAGGAGCUCAAAGACUGGCAUGUUCCCCUGAUGUAUAAUCAAGUACUGGAGGAAAGUGCCUACGCGGAACGCCGCAAAGCCGUGGAGGAGUACAACAAGAAACACAAAUGGUCCAAGCGUGGAAUGGCCAUCAUUCCCACGAAGUUUGGCAUUUCCUUCACAGCAUUGUUUCUGAACCAGGCUGGCGCGUUGGUCCAUAUUUAUCACGACGGCAGCGUCCUGGUCGCCCACGGUGGAGUUGAAAUGGGCCAAGGUCUGCAUACAAAGAUGACAAUGAUUGCAGCAGAAGCGCUUGGUGUUCCCCAGUCCGACGUCUUCAUCUCGGAGACAGCUACAAAUACUGUCGCCAACACAUCCUCUACGGCAGCGUCCGCCAGUUCGGACCUCAACGGCUAUGCCAUCUUCAACGCAUGCGAACAGCUGAACGAGCGCCUGCGUCCGUACCGUGAGAAGAUGCCCGGGGCCAGCAUGAAGGAGCUCGCCCAUGCAGCCUACUUCGAUCGGGUCAACCUCUCCGCCCAGGGCUUCUACCGUACCCCCGAUAUAGGGUACAUCUGGGGAGAGAACAAGGGUCAAAUGUUCUUCUACUUCACGCAGGGCGUGACAGCCGCGGAGGUAGAGAUUGACACUCUAACCGGUGACUGGACGCCUCUGCGCGCCGACAUCAAGAUGGACGUCGGACGCACCAUCAAUCCAUCCAUCGAUUACGGGCAGAUUGAGGGCGCUUUCAUCCAAGGCCAGGGCCUCUUCACCACUGAAGAGAGCCUUUGGCAUCGUGCCUCGGGCCAGAUCUUCACCAAGGGCCCUGGAAAUUACAAGAUCCCUGGCUUUAGAGACAUUCCACAAGUCUUCAACGUCAGUCUUCUGAAGGAUGUCGAGUGGGAGAACCUCCGCACCAUCCAGCGGUCACGGGGUGUUGGUGAACCACCGCUAUUCAUGGGCAGCGCUGUCUUUUUUGCUAUUCGGGAUGCUCUCAAAGCUGCGCGCAAGCAGUGGAAUGUCAAUGAAGUGCUUAGCUUGCAGAGCCCGGCUACGCCCGAGCGCAUUCGGGUCAGCUGUGCGGAUCCCAUCAUUGAGAGAGUGAGGGUCACGCCUCGAGAAGGAGAGAAGAGUUUCUUCGUCGCGAUUUGAUUGUUGUCUAUGGAUGAGAGGGAGGGGUUAUGAUUACGACAUUUUGGCUACGCAUGGCAUUAAGGCUUCUGCUUCUUGUUAUAUUCCCGGGCACAGAUCUACAUAUAUUGCAUGUUGUGACGCUUGUACAGCGAUGAUAGUAGUGUAUGAAUGACGCGGCGCAGCGAUCUGCAUUUUUAUCGUAUUUGAAUAUUCUUUAUAUUCAGUUUAAUGUCUCAGUAUGUUGAUUAUCUUGUGAAAUCUAGACUGAAGGGAUGACAUCU